ACAUUUCGAACUGCAUGACGGGAAAUAUCAUUCUCUCCAAGAUGGCAGCCAGCAUGGACGUUAGUAAAUCUAUUGACAGCGGAGACCGGCUAGUAAGAAUGGAGAGUCCCUUUGAAGAUGAUGAUGUAGAGGACAUGGAUUUUAGUAUUUCAAGUAAAGAUAAAAAGAAAAGGAAGAAACAUAAAAAACACGGGAAGCAAAAAAAAUCUGCAAGAUCAGAAGAUGGUCACAGAAAAAAUAAGCACAAAAAACAUAAGUCCAAGAAAGUUGAUUCAUUGGAUGAUGUAGAUUUAGAAGACUUAGAAGAGAGGAAGAAAAUUUUGCAAAGACAGCUGGAAGAAGCAAGUAGUAAAUCUGGUGGCUUAAAGAAAACUUUGCCAGAAAAUACAGAAAGAAGUAAAAAAAGGAAAGAUAAAACUGUAAAAGAUGAAUUUGGGAGAGACAUUUUUGAUGGAAAAGAUACACAUUUACAGUUACUUUCAAAAGAAAGAAAGAGUCAUGAUCAUAGUAACAAUUUACGCAGGGGAUCAAAGGAGGAAUAUGAAAGACGAAGCUCAAGCUCACACAGGAGAACUGAUGAUAGAAGACCUGAAGAUCAGUCUUCACGUCAUGUUCUAAGUGCAAGUAGGGACCAAAGAAGGAGAUCAAGGAGUUUGGAAAAAGAGAGGUCCAUAUCAGCAAGAAACGAUUCUAGCAGACACAGAAGUUUUACAGAAAGGUCAACUGACAGAGAAAGGAGACAUAUGAGUCACAGAAGCCGGUCGGCAGAAAGAAGAGAUGCAAGCAGAUCAGGACCAAGACGAACCCGGAGCAGGUCAAAAGACCAUGACUACAGAAACAGAGGAAGGCAUGAGAGGGAUGGUCGUGGCAGAAGAAACAAAGAAGCAAAAAAGGAAGAAUUGAAGGAAUCCUCAGACGAAGACGUAAAUCUUGAUGAGCUAGCUGAGCAAAUGGAAUUAGAUGAAGAAGAAGUUAUAAAGCGACAAAGAGAAGCACGCCAGGCCAGAAUUGCCCAGCUGGUAGGGCCAGAGAAGAAUCUCGAGAGCCCAUCUGUUAACGCAAACCGAAGUUUUAGCGAAUCAGAUGGAACAUCUUCGGAUGAUGAAAGUGACCAAAGCAGCUCAUCUUCUGACAGCCAAUCAUCUUCCUUGGAAUCAGGCUGGUCAGAAGACUCAGAAAGACGUGCGAAGGGUACGAACAAUAAAUUAAAGGACAAAUUGGGCGCAGGAAAACAAGCCAAGAGACAUGUAAGGGAUGAAAAAAAUGAAAAUAUUAAAUCUAGAAUUGAACUGGACGAGCUAAAGAGAAGCGAAAGGAAAAAUUAUAAAGAAAAUAGUUCGAAAAAAGGAAAUGAAAAGUAUUCAAAAGGAGAUGCGAAAAGAGCAUCAGCUUCUGAGAAAACUUCGGCGAAAAGUUCUUUAAACAAACAUCCUGAUGCAAUGUCACGGAAAAGAAGAGGAAAUGAAAGUAAUGAUGCUGAAAGGGCUGCGAAGAAGCUAGCAGGGGAAGAUGACAGGGAAAAAGAAAUAAAGGAAAUACUGGAGCAUAGAGCAAACAUCGCUGGGCAGAAAAAACUGACAAUGGAGAAAGAGGUAAAGGCUGAUUCAGGUGAUGAAGCAUCAAGGUCACUGGAUAUGUUUGCAGGAGACGAGGCGUUUGCAGGCAAUGAUAUGUUCUCAGAUAAUUUUGACAGCCCGAGAAGUGGACCUAUAAUCUCGAAGCGCGGCUCAGAAAAUCCAAAUUUACUGGACAACUGGGACGACGCAGAAGGAUAUUACCGUGUUAGAAUUGGGGAGACCCUUGACAAGAGAUACAGCAUCUAUGGUUACACCGGCCAAGGGGUCUUCAGCAAUGUUGUGAGAGGCAGGGACACUGCCAGAUCAAACCAAGAAGUUGCAGUCAAAAUCAUCAGGAAUAAUGAUAUCAUGUACAAGCAAGGUUUGAAAGAACUCGAGGUAUUGAAGAAGCUCAACGAUGCCGACCCUGAUGAUCGAUACCACUGCCUUCGAAUGUUUCGACAUUUCUUUCAUAAGCAGCAUCUUUGUUUGGUUUUCGAAUCCCUCAGCAUGAACUUGCGCGAGGUACUUAAGAAAUACGGUCAAAACGUUGGUUUACACAUAAAGGCAGUCAGAUCGUACAGUCAGCAACUUUUCCUCGCCUUAAAAUUGCUGAAGAAGUGUGAUAUCAUCCAUGCUGAUAUUAAACCUGAUAAUAUACUGGUGAAUGAAUCGAAGUUAACGUUGAAGCUGUGUGACUUUGGCUCAGCGUCAUCAAUCACUGAAAACGAGAUCACACCUUAUCUUGUCAGCAGAUUUUAUCGGGCACCUGAAAUCAUCAUUGGACGGCCAUAUGACAUUGCCAUCGACCUGUGGUCAGUGGGUGCAACCAUCGCUGAGCUUUACACGGGAAAAAUUCUUUUUCCUGGUAAGACAAACAACGAAAUGCUGAAAUUGAUGAUGGAGCUAAAAGGGAAAAUGCCAAACAAACUACUUCGCAAAGCUAAGUUUAAGGAACAGCAUUUUGACGACACUUUCAAUUUCAUGUACGGCGAGGUUGACAAAAUUACGCAAAGGGAGAAGAUAACGACAAUUAGCAAUAUACAAGCGAAAGAUCUCUUUGAAAUUCUAAUUGGAAACCAAAGACAUAACGAUGAUAUGAAGAGAAAAGUGUUGCAGCUCAAAGACUUGCUCGAUAAAAUCUUCAUGCUCGAUCCUUCGAAGCGCCUGAGCUUGAACCAGUGCCUUCUGCAUCCGUUCAUCAUUGAAAAGAUUCACUAGAACCGAACAGUUAUUAACAUGUAAAUAUUAUCAAUGGCCGUUGCAUUAACGCUAGUCUUUGCUUAGAAAAAUCGCUUUUUGACACAAUGGACUAUGUGUUUGUAAUUAGUUUGAUUGAUAAAUUUAAAAAUUUUUUAUUUUUGUGUAACUUUGUUUCCGUUUUGGCGCAAAACAAUUUCUGUUGAAACGAAAAUAUCUGACUCAGAACUUCACGGACAGGUUAAAAUUUUUAUUAUGGAAAUGAGGGGUUUCUCCUUGCUUAAUAUACGAUUUUGAAGUUAAGUCGUUUGAGUCUUGAAGAAAUUUUUAAGUCAACAACACAUAUGAACGUGCUAUUUUUAACGUUUUGUUUCUUUUAUCAAUUUUGUUUAAUGAUUUUGAAAACUUUUUGAUUCGACUGAGCAUUAAAUUUCUCAAUAGAUUAAAAGUACCUUUUCUUGGCUUUAUGGAGAAAAAUUGCAUGUCACACAUACAAACAGAAUCUUUUGAAAUUGAAACUAUGUAAAUUGAUUGCUUCUUUUGCUUAUCCCCGUUUUCGUUAAUUAAUUUUGAUUCUUUCAUCAGAAUUGCAUCGCAGUAGUACACAUUGGAAAGAGUUUGCAUCAAAAUGGCGCUGCCACUGGUGUUCUCCUUGUAUGUGUGAAAACAAAGCGAUAUUCUUGCGUUUCAUUUACAGUUGAAAUAACAAUUUUUUUUCGGUUUUAAUGCCAGUCAUCUAAUCAGAUUUAAAAGUUGAAAAGAAAGGUUUUCUGAACUAUAAACGCCCUAAACACUUACAAAUAUCUUUUAUUUUGCACUCUAUCUAGCAAGGCAGGUUUUUCGCUACUUACUAUUUUAGGACGGGUGUGAAAGCAUGAGGAUUUGAUUUGUGCUCGUUUUUACUUCGUCUGCUCAUCCCUCAUUUCGCUCCUUUUUUCCAGCUGACGUGUUUGAAUGUUUGUACUUCUUUUCUGUUAUCAUUGGAAGGAGAUUAAGACAUCAUUCAUUAAAUAUCUCAACGAGAAAGUUGAAAAUCAGUUUUUCCUCAAUUGGCAGUCGCUCUUCCCGUGCAGAAAUGUAGCCGAUAUAGCAUGUUGUGUUAUCUCAGGACUCACGAAAGACAGUGCUGUUUUUUCCUUGCUUUCUAAAAAUUUACGCAGCACAGUCAACUCUACUUCGGCAACACCCAAAACUGCAUGCUCGUAAAACAAGGCUCGCUGUACACAAGGGUCAAUGUCUGACAGGAGUUUGAAAUAUCACCCUACUAGAGUAUUUUGCAUCCCAAAUUUCACCCUCCAGCAAAAGUAAGGACUGUCAGAUUCUUAAGAAACCGUUGAUUCAUCCAACGGUUAAGGUGGGGCUAGUCUGAUAAUUAGGGUUUGCACUAAUCUUUGGGAUUUGAAUUGACACAUUUUCAUGCUAUUUGCAGAUGCCCUCUGUACUGCUUUCUCGCAAGGAGGAAUUUCUCCAGCUAUUUGUUAAUGGACUAAAGCAAGAUUGGAAGGCGGUUCAAGAGAGAGAAUGUUG